GAGCUGCAGGUGCACUUCAGUCGCAAAGAACGUGAUCUGAAAGCACUUCGCUGGGAUCGUCCAACGCCAAAGAGAUGUUGCUGAGGACGUUCGUCAUCAGUCUGCUGCUGUUGCAAUGCACCGGGCUGUUUCAAGAGCUGGACAGCACUGAUUAUCUAACAGCGCUGUCGGACGGGGAGCCGAUGCCAGCCGGCAGCAUCGAUGACCUGAUCAGGAAGCUGCUGGAGCAGCUUCGCGCCAACAUGUCGCAGGGCUUCCCGCAGUGGGGCGUCCCACCGCUGGACCCGCUGCAUAUCGCCAACAUUCCGAUCGCCAUCGACGAGUCUGGCAUCAGUGUGCACGCGAACAUCACGGACGGUGACGUCACCGACCUGUCUCAGUUCGUCAUCGAUAAAGUGCACGUCAGUCUGCUGACGCUGAAGGCACAACUGGCGCUGAGUCUGUCCGACAUCAAGCUGGUCUGUAACUACUUCCUGGAGGGCCUGAUCGCCGACCUGUUCCCACUCUACGGCUCUGGUCCGUCCAGCGUGGCUCUGAGCAACAUCUCCCUGAGCGUGAACGCCGACCUCAACCUCAACCGCACAGACGGCCACGAGCACGUGCAGAUCGCCACCAUGGACUUCGACUUCCACGUGAACGCCAUGGACAUUCAGAUCCAUGACCUGUUCGACAACGACGACCUGGCGACCGUGAUUGACGGGUUCGCUGACGACAUCGGCCCUCUGCUGAUCGACAUCCUGGUAAACGACACGAGGCGCGACCUGCUGCCUGCCAUCAUCGAACAGCUGAACGACCUGCUCUGGAACGUCACCCUACCGAUCCUGGCCGAGCCGGAGCCGCAGCCGGAGAGCAGAGCUCUGGUGCCUGCGCUAACCAGCACUGCCAACGCCAACUCGUUCUUCGAUCGGCUGAUCCCGUACCUGCAAAACUACAUCAAGUCCAAUAAGCUGGAUCCGUUUCCCCUGCCAGAAUUCGAUGUAACGGCGGCCGGCACCGGUGUGAAGCUGUACCAGGGCUCGCUAACGGGGCUGUCAUCCUGCGGACGCAACGGCGACUCCCAGCUGGCUUACGACGAGGCUGAGUGGUUGUCUGUCAGCUCGGGGAUCGGCUUCCAGCAGAUGUCGGCCGGCUACACACUCAAGAUCGAAGUCUUCGGCAUCGGGCCGCACGUCACCGCCGAGAUCACACUGAGCAACACCAAGGCGCAGUUCGCUGCCCAGAUCUCGUCCAAGUCGCUGGCCAUCAAACUCACCGAUCUCAAGAUCUCCGAUAUCGGGGGCGUGAGCGUGAAGAUCCGCGGACUCGGGAUAUGGGAGUUCCUCCUCGAACCCAUCGUCGACGUCAUCGUCGAUCUCUUUAAGGGCCAAAUAGCUGAUGCUGUGUCUGGUGCCCUUUUCAGCACACUGGAUGAUGUACUCUCUAAAAUUGAUCUUCUUUCUAUUCUGGAAAAUCUCUAAUGUGGACCCUGAAGUCCUUUCUUAUGUAUACUUUCAAUUUUCUGUCUUGGAAAUGAAGAAAUCGUUUGUUAUUUGCGCUUCCAAUUCCUUCACUUAAAUUACUUCUGUUUUUAACUUAUUGACUGCAUCCGUAAGCGGGCAUCUUUUAAAUCUGUACAUCGCUUAUGCCAAAUAAAUGAGUAAAUAAUUGAUUAA